UAAAGUAUUCCAUAUGGGUUUCGUUUUCAUCAUUGCAUAUAUUUUAGCCUACUGUUUUGAUGCUUUACAAAGCUACUUUAAAAAAAUUUUCAUUCAAUUUUUUGUCAAGUCAACCCACAAUUCAAUGUACCAUUUCUUUCAAAAUGAGGUCAACUUGUGUGUUUCACACUCAUACGUACGUAAAAAGCGAAUCCCUAGAUUUUGCUUAUAGCCAAAUAUUGUUUUUUCUAACUAAAAAUCAAUUUUAAACUCCUUAGUAUUUUUUUUAAUAAGACACACCGUAUAUAGAGUUUUUAUUGGAAGAAAAAGAGAAAGUGGAAUGAUUCUACAUGCAUCAAGCUACUUUCACUGUGUAAAGAUUCCAUUUAGAAUAGUUUUUAAUAACUGAAAAUUAGAUCCAUUAUAUUAAAUUUGUUUGCAUGUGCUUAAAACAAAAGUGAGAAACAUUUAAGAUAAUUCUAUUUUCUGUUCCUAACGUAGGAUUCUGUAUGUUCUUGCUGCUCUUCAAUGUUGAAAAUCCGAUAACUUUGCUAUUUAAAGGUCUGAACCUUUUUUCUCUCUUUAAAUAAUUUUUCAAUUAACAUAAUAGUUUUAUUUGUCGUCCAUGUGUCCUACAUAAAUUUAGUAUUUUGUCGGAAAGAAAACUAGUUUCAUUAAACAGAAAAUUAAAUAUUUCAAUCAUUUGAUUGUAAAAAAUCUUAAAAUAAUCACAUUGAAGCGUUCUGGAUAGAAUGGUAUAUUUUUCUAAGUGGUUUACAUUGUUUUAUUAAACAUUUAGUUUGUACAACUAGAAAAUUAUACAGUGAAUUAACUUAUACUUUCAAGACCAAACGAAAAAUUGAAAUCAAUGGAAUAUGAAAUUGUCGAAAUAUGUGGCCAGCGAUACAAAUCUCUCCCAGAAAAAUGGGUCAUUUAUCAAAAUAAUCUUUUUGACAUUGAACGGUAUAUCUUAUCUGGAAAUCAUCCUGGAGGUAAUGCUAUAUUAGAAGAGGCUUUACACGGAGAUAUAACGGAAAUGUUUGAAUCUAUUGGUCAUUCAUCAUCAGCUGAACAACAGUUACUUAGUUUUAAAAUCGAGCCAAUUUCGGUUGAUAAGAACCUCGAUACAACAAAAAGCGAGGUGGGUACCUCAACAACUGAUGGUGUCGAUCUACCCGACAAGCCUACGUCCAACAGUGUCGACUCACUCGACAAGCCUACGUCCAACAGUGUCGACUCACUCGACAAGCCUACGGCCAACAGUGUCGUUUUACCCGACAAGCCAUCUAACAACGGCACAGUAGUGACAUUUCAAGAAACAGUAUCAGAAAACGGGAAACUUAUUAAAAAAAAAACGACGACAACAACAACUACCACAACCACUACGACAACAACUACAAUAACGACAGUGGAAGAAGUGGAUGAGAUUGUUUCAGAGAAGGAGAAGAAUAAAGAAAAAUUAAUUUUAAGCAUAUCAGACCUUCUGGAUCUGCAAAAACCUUUGAUUCCUCAGAUUUAUCAUUUAACACGUGACGAAUUUGACUAUCUUACCAGUAAUUAUAUUUGCAGUCCAACUAUUUAUACAUUUUUUCCUUAUAAAUACUUGGAAAUUUUUUCUCGAACUCAAUGGUGGGUGAUUCCCCUUAUUUGGUAUCCCGUUUCGGCAAUAUUAACGUAUUUCGCUCAUCAAACUUAUCAAAGCUCAAUCGCUUCAACAAUCGAACAUCUUUUUUUAGGUUUUUUUCUUUGGACAUUGUGUGAAUAUUUGAUUCACAGAUUUAUAUUUCAUUUCCCAGAAGCAAAAUUGCCAGAUCUAAAAGUUAUACGAUUAAUUUAUUUUACCAUUCAUGGUGUACAUCAUACAUUUCCUAUGGACCCUUUACGAUUAGUUGUUCCACCCGUUUUAUUUAUUUUUCUAGCCUCACUUAUUUAUACUCCAUGUCGUCUAAUUCUUCCUAGUCAUUUCGUUCACAAAGUUCUACCAGGUGUUAUUCUUGGAUAUAUUACAUACGAUAUGAUUCAUUUUUGGACUCAUCAUUCAAGUUAUCUUGAAAAGUUUCAACUGUUCCGUUAUUUAAAAUCGUAUCAUAUGAAGCAUCAUUUUAAAUAUCCGUCUAAAGGUUUCGGUGUGUCGAGUCCGUUCUGGGACCAUGUGUUUCAAACACAACUGACAUAACAUCUAGACUAUUUUCCGUACUUGUCAAAACACUAAUAGACUUUAUUUUUAUUUUGUUGACCUCUAACUCCGUGUAUGAAUUUUAUUUAAAAAAAAAUAUACAUUAUGUUAAAAUGUAUAAUGCAUGACACUUUUUUAAUUCGUCAUAGCAUUUAUUUUCCAACCGUCUUUUUAACCAUAAAGAUUCUGAGCUUUUUCUUUACUUUCUCUAGUCUUCUACUCUAACCAACAAUGGCUAUAGUUUGUUCAGUGUAUCAGUUUCACUUAUUUUUCUAGAGAAAAUGGCAAAAUAAGCGCAACUAGGCUUAUUGAGUACUGUUUUUUUUUAUUUUAAAAAAGUAUUAUUUCAAAGUCACGACUGAUAGUUGAAGCUCAA